AUGUUGAAACUAGCUCGUCCAUUUAUCACACCAUUAUCAAAGAACAAUGUCUUUUCGUCGGGAAUAGCACCCACUUGCAGACGAUUUCAGUCUUCCUUUACGUUUUUGAAUAAUCAGUCUUUACUCUCUAAGAACCAGAUGAAAUCUAAAAGAAAAAAAGGCAGUAAAAAAGCAGCAUACCAUCGUCAGCCCGCGGAACACGAACGCACUACUCCACUUAUAAAGCGAAGCAAGCCAAUUUCCAAGGAAGAAUCCAAUGAUAUGAGAACUUUUAAUUCAAAAAAGAAGAGAAGCGAUUUUUCGUGGUUGCCAAAAGUUCCAUCUACCUCACAUUUAAAACAGAGUGACAUGACCACAAACGUACUCUAUUCUGGAUACAGGCCCCUGUUUAUUAAUCCCAAUGACCCAAAGCUUAAGGAAGACACAGGAAGUACACUGUACGAGUUUGCGAUGAAGCUAGAAGAUUUAAAUGAACCUUUGUCACCAUGGAUCUCCUCUGCCACUGGUCUUGAAUUCUUCUCAGAGUGGGACAACAUACCUAGUGAACUAUUGAGAAAUUUGAAACCUUUCCAUCCACCUAAUGAAAAACUAAUACAGGCAGAUGAUUUUCUUAAUGUAACUACUAAGAGAAGCUCAUCCGUUGCCAAUGAAACAAACGAGACGUUCAAGAAGAAAAUGGAUGAAAUCUCGAAGAGAGGAGGCAAGGGGAGAAAAAAGUCGGUGGUAACGUUACUUCAAAUGAAAAAGAAGCUUGGAGGAUGA